UGACUCGAAGCUAACGGAUACGUGGCACAAAGUGUUGAAAUAACCUAUCGCAAAUAACUAAAUAAAGUACAAGCAGCGUCAAAUAGCUAACAAGGAAAACUCAUUUUGUUAUUUUUGGGUUAUUAGUGCACAUUCUUCAUCAUGACCGACAUUUCUAUGCUAUGUGGUUUGCUUUUAUUGUGUGAUUAUUUUGGAAUGUUAACGAAAUUCGGUGGCACGUACUGGCAAAAGGUGAGUGACUUAUCAAGACCUAUAUUACGCCGUCAUAUCGAACGGGUACUUUCAAGCAUCCCAUUUGUGAGAGACUAUUUUGGUGCCGAGUCACAGCAAAAAUUGCUCUUCGUGCCCGAUGCUGAUAACCAACCUGAGGGGGGAACACGAAAUAUCGGAACCUGCGCUAUUUCGUUUUUUAUUGAAUGAAGAAACUCUCGAAGAUAUCAUAAAAGCUAAAGGUGAAAUCCCUGACAUGCUGAGCGUUCUAAGAGACAUCAACAAAGAGUCGAAAAUCACCGAGUUCGAAACCCACCAAAGCAGCAUGGGCACAACGAAAGAUUUGAAAAGGGCAUUUCACGUUUUCAUCGUCUUCAAGACGACAUGUCAAACAGAUGGAGACUAUUGGUGGUCAUUGGAAAAAAACAGGGAUUACAUCGUCUUGCAACGAUCGCGCAACAAAGAAAACGUCAAGGACAAGUGUUAUGGAGAAACGCGAAAUGAAGUGAAACCCAUCGUCGAAAAUUUGGUAGGAAACGGUACGAUUAAAGAUCUUUUUGCGAUUCUUUGGGCCCAUCAGAUCAUUCCAGAAAAGUACAACAUCUUGAAUUCAAACUGCCAGUCCUUUGUCACUUUCAUCAGUCAAGAAAUUACCGAAAUAGGAUACCAAUACGAUGGUUUUUUCAAGUACUCUCCUCCUCCUGAAAGUGGCCGGAACCAAAAAAUGUUGGAUUUAAUCAACAUCUUAAGGGGUCGUUUUGAACUGUCCCCUUUAUUCACAUUAAUUGUAAUGGAAAAUAUCGACCUUGUGGAUAAAAUGAUGGCGAGUGGCAAGUACGACAUCAAUGCCUUACACAAUGGACUUACUCCGCUUCAUUUGGCGAUGGUUUGUUCGAGAACCAAAAUGGUUCAACAUCUUCUAAAAGAUCCAGUGAAUGCCGACCCAACGAGGCGCGAUGCAUCCGGGAGGAGCGCCCUUCAAUUAGCGGUCACCAUCACAAUGAAAGCGGAUAUCUUCGAUUUGCUCCUAGCUCAUAGCAAAGUCAAGAUUGACGAAGUAGACGGAGAUGGAGAAACGGCUCUCCAUUUGGCCGCUUAUCUAUCCAACGCCAUUGCUGUUCAAAAAUUACUAGAAAAAGGAGCAAAUCCCAACGUAUCCGACAAAAAAGGUCGAUCUCCUCUUCAUUUGGCAGCCCAGCAAAGAGACGAUGACGCGAUCAUUGAUUUCUUCCUAGCUCAUUGCAAAGUCAGAGUCGACGAUGUAGACGUAAAAGGACAAACUGCUCUCCAUUUGGCCGUUGUCGCAUCCAACGUCAUCGCUGUUAAGAAAUUAAUAGAAAAAGGAGCCAAUCUUAGCAUUUUCGACAAAGAAGGUCUGUCUGUUCUUCAUGUGGCAGCACAGGAAAGAGACGGUAAUCCUAUAAUAGAUCUACUCCUGGAAGCUCAAAAAGUCAAAGGGAUGGGCGAUGUAAACGAUCAAAAUGAAAACGGAUGGACUGCACUUCAUUACGCCGCCUUCAAAUCCAACGAAAUCACUGCCGAGCAUUUGAUCAACAAGGGCGCUGAUCUCCACUGUCGAAACAAUUAUGGCGAUACUCCACUUCACAUGGCUGCAACAUUCGCAACGGACAUGAACAUCAUCGACGUAUUAUUGCGGAACAUUCACGAAGGAGAUAUCGGACAGUUUAGAAACGAUAGACAACUUUUCUUUUACGCGACACAUAACGUGCACGGGCUAGGAGUAGAAAUUGGUGAUCGGUUUUUGAAAAAGGGCAUAGAACCUCCGACUAUCGAAACUGACGAGUGUUCACAGGAAAUGGAUGAAAUUCCGGAAGAAGGAAAUUUCGAUAUUAACGGCCGCGACAGCAAUGGGGAAACUCCACUCUUUGUCGCAAUACGGGCCAACAACGUGAAUGGUGUUAGACGUCUGCUGGGAAAAGGAGCCGACCCCACCGUCCCCGACAACAAAGGCUACACUCCACUUCAUGUGGCAGUGGCACUCAAUAAAGAUUCCAAAAUUCUCAAUUUACUUCUGGGAAACGAAAAAGUUGACGUCAAUGAAACUUUAUCUCAAGGUAGAACGACAGCCCUCCAUAUGGCAAUUGCAACAUCCAACGUGACUACCGCUCGCUCCCUUUUAUCAAAUGGAGCUAAUCCCAAUGUCGCCGAUGACAAUGGAUUCACUCCACUUCAUUGUGCGGCAAGGUUUGCCAAAGACAUGGAUACGGUCGAACUACUCCUCAAUCAUAAAGACACGAAUGUCAACUGCUUGGACAAUAAAGGGCAUCACAGUGCGCUAGACUACGCAAAGGUCAACACACACGGGCACGGUGAAAGAAUUGCCAUCCGUUUAAAAGAGAAAGGUGCAGUGGAAAGAGAAAACAAACUGCUCCAAGGAACUAAUGAAAUAAUGAAAAAACAUAUGCGUGUUUUCAGCAAUGAUAAGCUCCGCAAAUUUGCCAAAUUUUUAAGCGACGAUACAAAAACAAUGGAGGCCAAAAUCGACAAAAUUUCGGAAAGGAAGGAAUACGUGGUUUCAGCUAUACGAGAUUCGAACGUAGGAAGUAUUCGUAUCCUAUUGAAAAGUGGAGCAGGUGACAGGACAUGGGGAGAAGAGGGAGCGAAUGCUCUUCAUUUGGCAUCCCUUUUGGCAAAGACGACGGAUCUCAUCGACGCCAUUCUGGAAACUAGAAAAUUCGACAUCAACGGAGUCGACAACGAUGGAUGGACACCUCUCCAUUAUGCAAUCAUGGGAACCAAUUUAGAAAUAAAUACUCGUCACCUGAUUGGAAAAGGAGCCGAUCCCGAUAUUGCCGACAAGAAGGGCUACACCCCACUUCACUAUGCGGCCUUUAAUGCGAAAGAAAUUGAAAUUGAAACAAUCAGUCUAAUCCUGGAAAAUCAACAUGUCGAUAUCAAUCACAUUAACAAAGGUGGAGAGACUGAUCUUCAUUAUGCAAUUAAGGCCAGCAACGCGGAGAUGGCUCGAUGCUUGCUGGAAAAAGGAGCCGAUCCCACCAUACGCAACACUGAGGGCAACAAUUCAUUUCAAUUGGCAGCACUAUUUCUGACAGACACCCAUGUUCUCGGUCUCAUGUUGGGAAACGAAAAAAAGAUUGAGAUUGACGAAAGGGACAAACAAGGCAGGACUGCCCUCCAUCUAGCGAUUGCAACAUCAAACGUGACUGCCACUCGCUUCCUCUUAUCAAAUGGAGCUAAUCCCAAUGUCGCUGAUGAAGAUGGACUCACUGCACUUCAUCAGGCGGCCAAAUAUGUAAAAGACAUGGACAUUGUCGAGUUACUCUUGAAUCAUAAAGACAUCGAUGUCCACUAUUUAGACAACCAAGGAAACAAUGCUCUAUAUUACGCAAAGGUCAACAUGUUCGGGCACGGUAAGAGAAUUGCUAAACUUUUGAAAGAAAAAGGCGUCGUCUCUCAAAAUGCAAACUCCCUUAACGACGAAAAAGUCGAAAAUGAGGUGACAUUCGAAAAUAAUGUGAAAGGAAUUCUACAAAAGGCAUUCCUAGAUUCGGAGGUGGGAAUGGCUCGUUUCCUAAUACAUACAGGAGUAGAUAUAAGCACUGUGACAUGGGGAGAAGAAGGAUGGAAUGCACUUCACAUGGCAUCCAUUUGUGCAAAGACGACCGAAAUACUUGACGUCAUUCUGGCAACCGGUCAAUUCGACAUCAAAGGUUGUGACGUAAAUGGGGCGACUGCUCUCCAUUUCGCAUUGCGCGCCAAAAACAUGACUACUGCUCGCUACUUGCUGGAAAAGGGAGCCGAUCCCACCAUAAGUGACAAGAAUGGAGUUACUCCACUUCACUGGGCGGCCUAUUUUGCAACAACAACUGACAUAAUCAGUCGGAUCCUGAAACGUUUUCUAGUCGAUAUUAAUUGUCGUGACGUCAACGGAAGUACCGCUCUCCAUUAUGCAAUAAUGGCCAGCAACGUGAUUACUGCUCGAUGCUUGCUAAAAAAAGGAGCCGAUCCCACCGUCCGCGACAACAAAGGCUACACUCCACUUCACAUUGCGGCGGAAAUCGAUAAAGAUUCCGAUAUUCUCAAUUUACUCGUGUCAAACGAAAAAGUUGACAUCAAUGAAACGACAUGUCAAGAUAGAAGGACUGCUGUCCAUCUUGCAAUUAUAAAAUCCAACGUGACUGCCGCUCACUUCCUGUUAUCAAAUGGAGCCAACCCCAGUGUCGCUGAUAAAAAUGGACGCACUCCACUCCACUGGGCGGCACUUCUUGCCAAAGACAUGAACAUCGUCGGACUACUUCUCAACCACAAAGGCACGAAUGUCAAUUAUUUAGACAACGAAGGAAACGACGCGCUACAUUACGCAAUGAAAAACAUACACGGACUAAGUGAGAGAAUUGCUAAUCGAUUGAAAGAAAAAGGUUUCGCGAGAGUCGAAGAAAAAAUAUUUCAAGCUGAUUUGCUUGACGAAUGCACAGGGGGAAAGGCCAUUGGACAUUCCCUAGACAACAACAACUACAAAAACGAGAACGAAACCGAGAGUCUUGAAAAAUCAGCUCUGUAUAAAGUUGUCAUGGAUUCGGACGGGGAUAAGACUCUCUCAAGUCCCCUAAUCAAGAAGGGAGCGGAACUGGAUAAAGGGAAAUGUGAUGAAAUGCAUUUGGCCUACCGUUAUGCGGAGAUGAAGGGAAUCGUGGAUAAUCUUCUGACUGUUCUGUACGGGACAACAGCUCCCAAUUGCAUAUCAGAUGCCAUCGACGAGAACUUGUUGAACGACAAAUUCGAUAUUGACCACCGAAACCAAUUUGGAAUGACUGCCCUGCACAGGGCAGUCAUGGAAUCCAACAGAGCUACAGCAGGAUUUCUUUUAUCAAAAGGAGCUAACCCAAACGCUGCUGAUCAAAAUGGUGUCACUCCACUUCAUUUGGCGGCCUAUUUUGCAAAUAUGCAAAUAUGCAUGGACAUCGUCAAACUACUCCUCAACCACAAAGACACAAAUGUCAACUAUUUGGACAACGUAGGAAGAAAUGUGCUACAUUACACACAGUUAAACAAGUACGGGCUCGGCGAAGCGAUUGCUGAUCUUUUGAGGGAAAAAAGGGCCCCGAAGGCAGAAGGAAUAAAACACAAACCGAAGAACAUUGCGGCACCAGUACCAGAUCGUAUCCAAGAAGAUUCCGAUAUAAAAACGAUUCGUUUCUUGAUAGAAAACGGACAAGAUAUUAGCGCGUUGACAUGGGGAGAAGACGGAGCGAACGCACUUCACGUGGCGGCGGCUAAUGAAAAGACGACGGAAUUCAUCGACGCCAUUCUGGAAACAGGAAAAUUCGACAUCAACGGAGUUGACGGCAAUGGAUGGACACCUCUCCAUCACGCAAUAAUGGGGUCAUGUUCUACAAAAAUUGUUCCUCACCUGAUUCAACUGGGAGCCGAUCCCAACAUUGCCGGUCAGUACGGAAUCACUCCACUGCAUUUAGCGGCCAAAAAUGAAGAGACGACGGAACUCAUCGACGUCAUUCUGGAAACCGAGCAAUGCAACAUCAACCCAGUUGACAGCGACGGAAGGACACCUCUCCAUUACGCAAUUAAGAGACCCGACCCUGUUACAAUUAAUGCUCGUCGUCUGAUUAAAAUGGGAGCCGACCCCGGUAUCGCCGAUAAGAAUGGAGUCACCCCUCUUCACAUGGCAGCGAGAAAUGCAGAAUCGAUGGACCUCAUCGAGCUACUCCUUAAUACUGAAGCGGUGGACGUGAAUUGUGUCGACAAACAAGGCCAAACUCCUCUCGCUUGUGCUCGAGACAACACACACGGACUAGCUGAGAGGAUUAUCGCUCGUCUGAGGGAAUAUGAUGAUAUGGAAUAACAUCGUGUGACAGCAGGAGCAAUGGGCGUAAUCCGGAGGUGACUGGAGAUGACUGGAGGGGAGUUCCGUACGCCGGAAGAAUAUUUC